GACGGAACGGAGGAAAGAUGGCCGCUUCUGUGUUAGCUGCUCUUGCAGCUCUUCUCGGUUUUUCUUGGAGACACUGAAGCGGAGAAUUCCUGUGCUCAGCAGAUUUUUCCAGCCGUCAUGGAAAACCGGCACAAGCGAGUAAAUCCUAAGCAAGAUGCCCUGGUGCACAUCGUGACUUGCAGAGACAAGCCCUUCCUGGAAGAACGGUUUAUAGACUCAUUUAAAGGAAGGGGCUUGUUUACAAACAAAACCAUCAAACCGUCGGCCUUUGUGGUCGAGUAUCGUGGGAAGAUCUUUCCUCACAAAGACAGGAGGUCUGAGAAGAGAUGCAGUGAUGCUUUGAAUGGUUUCUUGUAUGAGUUUUCAUGGAAUGGAGAGCAGUGGUGUGUUGAUGCUUCAAAAGAGGACAAGACCCUUGGAAGACUCGUGAAUGAUGAUCACAUCAGUCCAAACUGUGAAAUGAAGAAGAUUGUUUAUGAGGGGAAGCCACACUUGUGCCUGUUUGCAGUGGAAGAAAUACCUCAGGGCGAGGAGAUCACUUACAACUACGGCGACUCCUCCUACCCGUGGCGCUCCAAGAAGUCACACGAUGGAUCAGGUACUUUAAAGAGAAAGUUUCAUCCAACUUCAUCAACACCGAAGAAAAAAAAGGUUGAGGACUCCUGCUCUGAUGAUGACAGCGAACUACCCGGACCGAGUCAUGGCGGUGACCGCUCUGUCGAUCUCAGCAGCCAGCAGGAUAUCAGAGACAGCUCGUCAUGUACAGAGUUGGAUUCUCAGGAGACGACAGAAACCUCAAUGUUCCAGUUGAACGAUGCCUCAUCCGUCCAAGAGGAUGCCAAGCCCGGUUCGAGUUCUGAAGAUCACGACUCGGACAGAGAUGACAGAUUCACCGAGGUUAAACUAAAAGGCAAAAUACCGUCUUUCACAAAUAAAAAUUACUGUUAUGUUUGUGGGAAAGGCAUGAAGAAAAUUGCUCGUCACUUAUUAAAGCACAUUGACGAAGAGCCUGAAAUCGCCGAAGUCUUCGAUUUACCCAAAAACUCAGCAGAACGUAAAAGUCUGUUGGCCAAAUUACGAAACAGAGGAAACUACACACAUAAUCAAGAGGUGCUGAGGAGUAACACCGGAGCGCUAAAAGUGAGAAGACGGUUAUCCCGUAGUGAUGUGACGGUUAAAAAAUUUGGGCACUGCCUCUACUGUAAAAUAAUGCUUUACAGCAGAGACAUGAGUAGGCACGUAGCAAAGUGUGCUAAACAAGCAUUAAGUGCUGCAACACGAGGCGAGACGAGCAUCUUGGGGGAGAUCACAGAGUCAAAGUUCCUGGACAAGUUUCCUUCUGAAGUCCGGGAGAUGCUUUCAAGCAUGAAGCAGGAUGAGAUUACGUUCUUAAUUCAACACGAUUACCUUCUCGUGAAGAUGGCCCAGAGCCUGAUGGAGAACUGUGGAAAUAAUUCAAGUAACCACGAGCGUAUAAGACAGAAGCUAAGACAAAUGGGAAGGCUACUUUUAAAGCUGCAUGAAGUGGCAAUAAUAAGUUUUGAAGCUGCACUCAAACCCAGAAACUUCGACAAAGUCGUCGCCGCCGUCAGAGACCUCGCCAGUUUUGAUGAAAACAAACAGAAGUACAACAAACCAAGUCUCGCCUCGUUUUUUGGAAGUUCUCUGAAAAAAUUAGCAAACCUUGUCGUCAUGCAGGGCGACAGCAAUAAGACGGCUGUGAGAGACGCUAACACAUUCAUAACACUGUGUGGAAACGAGUGGAAGGAAACACCCUCUCACAAAGCCGCAUCAUCAUCAUCGUUGAGUGGGAGCAAAGUACACGGCCCCUCCACGAUACCAUUCACGCGUGACAUACAGGCUUUCUACACGCACCUGGAAAAAACUUCUGCUUCUGCCAUUGAGAGCAUGAAGAUGUAUGAAAGCCCUCAGGUGUACAAUGCGCUUUGCAAAGUGAUACUUGCACAGGUGUCGGUCUUAAACAAAUGCGCACCUGAAGUUUCAAAAGUGACUCUAAAGUCGUUCCAGGAGCGGGACGAGACCACCCAAGUGCUGUCCAAGCACUUCAUCAGGAUAAAUAUUCUGGGCAAGGCCGGCCAGAACAUUGCUGUUUUAUUGACGUCUCAGCUCAUCAGUGCAUUAACGCUGCUGGUGAGCAAGAGGGCGGCGUGCGGCGUACACAAAGACAAUCCUUUCUUGUUUGCAAAGCCAGACGGUUCUUCUACAAGCCUCUACCAUGGAGGGCACUGCAUCCGGGCUUACUCAGGACUCUGUUCUGCACAGAACCCAGAGCACCUCACGCUGGUGCAUUUUCACAAGCACAUUGCAAGAAUUUUCCAGAUUCUGUAUCUGGAGAACGACGAGCUCGAUCACCUUGCCAAACUGCUGGGUCGUGACAUCCAGAAAGACAGGGACUAUUACCGGCAGCCAGAAGCAGCUGUUGAACUUGCAAAGAUUGCUAAACUGCUUCUCGCAAUGGAAAAAGGCUCUCUUGAAAGAUUUGAAGGGAACUCUCUGGAUGAGAUCGAGAUCGAAGAUGAACUGGAGCCAGAUAUGGAGCAGGGUAACCCUGAGGUGGACUGUGAAGAGUCCGAUUUUCUCCCUCAGCAGAGUGCUGAUGUGGAACAGCGAGGCGGAAAGCUAACUCCCGAGCAGGAUGCACUGCAGCACAUAAAGGCUUGCAAGGACAAACCUUUCCUGAAGGAAAAGUUUAUCGACUCCAGUAAAGGGAGAGGCAUGUUCACCAGUGAGGCCAUUGAGCCGUCCACCUUUGUUGUUGAGUAUCGGGGAAACAUCUCCACUCGCAAAGAAACCCAGGAAAAGACACAUAGAGACACCUUAAAGGACUUUCUGUUUGACUUCACCUGGAACGGCACAAACUGGCGCGUUGAUGCUUCUGCAGAGGAUGGGACCCUUGGCAGGCUGGUGAAUGACGAUCACACGAGUCCCAACUGCAAGAUGAAGAAAAUUGUUCAUGAGGGGACGCCACAUCUGUGCCUGUUUGCACUGAAGAAAAUAUGUCCGGGCGAGGAGAUUACUUACAACUAUGGACGGUCCUCCUACACGUGGAGAUCAACAGUUGAGGACUCAGCUGAGGAAUUCAGCUCUGCAGAAUGCUUCUCCGAUGAAGAUUAUGUCUGUGCAGGUGAACCGAGUAGCGAUGACAGUUUUACCGACAACGAUGACAAGAAACAUCAGAAAUUUAGAGAGAAUGCAGAUUCUUCCAAACAGUCCGAUGAUGCGUCCGACUCCGACGAGUCUGACUCCGAUCCAAAGUCUAAAAAAACUUCCUUCACUAACAAAAAUUACUGCUACAUUUGCGGGAGACCUCAAACUAAAAUUUCUCGCCACCUUUUCACGCAUAGAACGGAAGUCCCCGAAAUUGCCGAAGUGUACGCGAUGCGCAGAAACAGCAAGGAACGCAAAAAGCAACUGGAGCUGUUGCGAAACAGAGGAAAUUUCAAACACAAUCAGGGGGUCUUGAAGGAUCGCCAAGGAAAACUGAAAGUGGGAAGAAAAUCACAGAGUUCCACACUUAAAUCAUUUGCCACUUGUUUAUAUUGUAAAGGCCUGUAUGAUCGUAAAUUGGUGUGGCGUCAUAUGCAGAAGUGUCCGUCAAUGGCCUCCGCAAAACUUCCAGAAGGUGUUCAGAGUCAAAUCUUAACUUUGGUAGCUGCCACUGGGCUAACCGACCCCGAACAAAUCUCAUCGGGUGUGAAGACGAUGCUAAAAAAAAUGAAGAAAGACGAUAUUUCCUCUGUGGUUUGGGAAGAUCCUUACAUACUGCAGCUGGCGCAGUGUUUCUACUACAUGAACGAGAAGAAACAAAAUCAGGGUUACGUCACUCAGAAGCUGAGGCAGAUGGCACGGGUCCUGAUGGCAUUAAGGGAGAAGUCCAUAAAUAGCUUUGAUGAAGCAGCCAAGCCCCAGAACUUCAGCGCCCUCGUGGAAGCUGUCCGGGAGAUUGCGGGCGCCAAAGAGGGGACGACGUCCUUCGACAAACCGUCUCUCAUUUGGAAACUGGGAAAUUCACUGAAGAAGAUCGCUGACAUUAAAUACGCCCGAGCUGUGAAGGAGGAUGCUGAUAAAGAGGCGAUAGAGGAAGCAGAGGCGUUUAUUAAGCUGUGCGCAAAAGAGUGGCCCACCCACGGUCAGUUAUCAAAAGUGGUCGGCCAGCCAGCCUUAGAGUUUACACGAGAGGUGCUGCUGCUCCACCAGUGUCUGCGCGGGACGACGGCUUCUGCGGUCGAGAGUCUGACUUUGUAUGCAGUUACGCCGGUCUACAACGCGCUCAUCAGGCCGACUCUCGCGUUCAUGUCCUUCUUUAACAAAAAUAAUCAGGAAGUAUCUAUGGUAACACUGCAGUCAUUCAAGGAAAGGGAUUCGACAGAGCUGCAGGAAGAGCCUGCUGCUUCCCAGUCGCAGUUUGAGCAAAUUCUGUCCAAGCACACCGUGAAGAUCAGUGUUGUCAGCAAGAGUGGAAAGAAGCUAGCGCUUACUUUGACCCCUCAACUGCUCCAUGCACUUACACUGCUCGUGGACAAGAGGGACACAUGUGGAGUAGUUAAAGAUAAUCCUUUCCUAUUUGCAAAACCUGGUGGCAAACCUUCAGACUUCUACCAGGCAAACUCAUGUGUCGGGAUGUUUAUACGGCGCAGCGGUGCAAAGAACCAGGAAGGCCUCAGGUCUCAGCAUUUUCGGAAGCACAUUGUGCGGAUUUUCCAGAUUCUCAGCCUCACGAAUGACGAGCUUGUUCAGCUAGCGCAGCUGCUGGGUCGUGACAUUCAGACAGACAGGGAGUAUUAUCAGACGCCAGAGGCAGCUGGCGACAUCGCAAAAAUCCUAGAGCUGCUGUCAGCAGUGGAGAACGGAUCUCUCGACAGAUACGAAGGAAAGACUUUCGAGGAAAUCGAGAUUCCAGACAAAUUGCAGCCAUUUGCAGCGCCCGUCACCCCCGGAAACAGCGAUGCUGAGGAAGACAACGAAGGUCCAGAAAGUUCUUGUCAGCAGAGCGGUAAGAAAAGCAAAAGCGCUUCUGUAAGAAAACGAGGUCAAAGGAAGAGCAGGAAGAAGGAGAGCGAGGAGGAGCAGCCUGAGGCAAAUACUGAGAAAAGUGAAGCUGUGAACACAGAGAAAGAAGACAGGACAGAGAAGAGUGCCCCCACCAAACCUGAGGAGAAGCAGCCUCACAGCAACCUAAUCGAGCCGAGCAUUUCUUUCAGCGACGACGAUGAGGACAUGAAUGUGAAUUUCGACAUUGACAUAGACACUGAUGGUGAUGACGACAGACCUGAGGACAGUGUUGCAGAUGAUGACAGACCUGAGGACAGUGUUGCAGAUGGCCGCUCUAAUAGCUCAGCAGCAAAGCCCGAGGUAACAGGUGAAGACGUCACAGAAGAAGUCAAGAAGAGCACGGAGGACGGUGAUGGGAGGAAGAAAGAAGGCUCUCCAAAUGAGCACAGUGGUGACGGAGACCUUGAAGAGACCAUGGACACAGAGGACCACGUGGACGAGGACUAUGAUGAAGAUGAUGGCUGGAUGGACGUGGACAGUGAUGGUUCUGCUCCCACUUUAUGUACAGAGAAGAAGACCAACCUAUCAGUGGCAGCGACUGGGAUGAAACGAGUGAAGAUAGUAAUCCCAAAACUCGAUAUUCAGAAACUGCGGUAUCCCAUCCACAUUUCUCAGUUAUCAUCUUUGAGUAACAAGCAGCCGGUGGAAGUUAAGCCCACCUGUGACGACAAGAAGGCUGAAGCUCCUCCCCCACUGACAAACAAGCCGAGCUACGCAAAGGCAGUGCACAUGAACUGCUCCCACUGCAGAAAGAGCAUGGCGAGGGGACAGACUGCUUACCAGAAGAAGGGCUUUACAGACGUCUUCUGCUCCAAAAACUGUCUGUUUGAGAUGUUUCCUCACAACAAACCGGCCACCAAGACCUGCCACUCCUGCCAGAAGGCGAUAUUGCAGCCUCUGGACCUCAUCAUGGCUGCUGUGGACACUAAAGGAACCAUGAAGGACUUCUGCAGCCCAGCCUGUUUGUGCUCUUUCAAGUAUAACUCUGCAUCCACCAAAACACCAAAGUCAGUCUGCAACAUGUGCGACAACUUCUGCAAUACCAAAUGCGAGCUGACCCUAAACGAGGUCGUCGUCAGGUUUUGCAGCCACACCUGUUUGGAUGAUUUUUGCAAGAACAACAUGAGUGUGUGUGAGAACUGCAGCUGCGCCUGCCGCAGCAGACCGCUCAGUCUGAGGCUGGAGGACGCACCCCGGUCCAUCUGCAGUGCAGAGUGUCUGAAGGAGUUCAAAGAGAAAACCAGGACACUCCAACGCUGCACCAUGUGCCUCUCUUCCCGGCCUGUGUCGGACAUGAUUGACGUGAAGAACGAUGAAAACGUGGUGGAACUCUUCUGCAGCCGCCACUGUGUGACCUCUUACAAGCUACGACCCACAGUCCAAACACUCCAAGUGAAAACCAGAACAGGCAGCCAGCCAAAGGAGACGAAUACUGAGGAUGUAAGGGUGCAUUUGGCCUUGGCUGCGAAUGAAAACGAUGAAGCUGCUGUUGCCCUUGAGCCAGACAGCCCGGUGUUUCUCAUCAUUGCCGACCUGCCCACUUCCUGUUUCAACUGCAAAAAGAAGCUCGUGGAAGGAGAGACGCUUUUCAAGCUGAAGGGCACACAGGAGUGUUUCUGCUCCAUGGCGUGCCUCCGUGAAAAGCAUCGGGACAUCAAAUCACCCCUCAAAAAGUGCCACAACUGCUUUCAGGUGAUCACACGGCCUCAAAACAUCAUCCUGGCUCCGGUGGAUCAUUUGGGAACUAUGAAGGAGCUGUGCAGCAAUGCGUGUCUCUCCUCUGUCACAUCCAAGAUGAAGAAGGCUGCCAGAAAACUGCCGCCACAGGAGGGCUCGAGUUCACCGUGCAGGAUGUGUGGCAGACACAGUUCUUGCAAGUUCACAGUGACCCUGGAUGGCGCGGUCCACAGAGUUUGCAGCGAUGCGUGCUUCACGAGCUACUGCAGAGCCACCAACCUGCGUUUGCCUCUGUGUGACGUGUGUGGCGGCGGCUGCUCCAGCAAACACCUCGUGGUGAAGAUGGAGGACGGCAGUAAAACCCUCUGCAGUGAUGAAUGUCUGGUCAAGUUUAAAGAGAAAGUCGAUACUCCUCAGCUUUGCCCCAUGUGUCAGACGUCUCAUCGCCUGUCAGACAUGAUCGAAGAUAAAAACGAUGAAAGCAGGCUGGAGUUCUUCUGCAGCAACAGAUGUAUGAUGGUGUACAAGUCCCAGACCUUCACCAUGACGGAAAAGAAAAGCUCUUCCUCUCCAGUUCAUGAUGUUACAGAUGUGAAGCCAUCUCUAUUAAAUCUAGACUGCAUCAAAGAAGAGCCCAUCGAUGAGGGGUACAGCCAGAGUCUCCUGGCCUCAGUUUCUCCUCAGGACAUCAAGAUUGAGCCGAUUGUAGCAAAGGAGGACUUGAAGAUUGGGUCGGUUUUCUCUUUGACUGGAGAAUCCAAACCUGCAGAGCCCUCUCUCACCAGCAUGGAUUUGCCUGCUUCCUGCUCCACCUGCAAAAAGGCCCUGAUAGAUGGAGAAACUGUUUACCAGAGGAAAAACCACACGGGCAUCUUCUGCUCCACUUCCUGCCUUCUGAGGUUUUACCAGAAGAAAGCAGCUGGGAGGACGUGCCAUUUCUGUCUGCAGGUGAUUGCACCACCUCAGAACGCCAUCCAGGCCGUGGUGGAUGAUGAGGGGACAAAGAAUGAUUUCUGUGGCCAUACCUGCCUCUCCUCCUUCAACUACAAGAGACACGUCUCCGUCAAAAUACCCGUGCUUCCCGUCUCAUCGCAUUCACAGUGCAGCAUGUGCAGCAGAUACUGCAUCAGCAAGCACGAGAUCACACAAGACGAUGUCAUCCACAAGAUCUGCAGCGAGCCGUGUUUCCUGCGGUUCUGCAGCAUGAACAACAUCGCCGUCUGUGCGAACUGUCACUCACACAGCAAAACGCCGCUCACGCUCAAGGUGGAGGAGGGCAGCUGCAAACUCUGCAGUGCAGAGUGUCUGGCUCAGUUGAAGCAGAAAAUAAAACCAUCACAGCCAUGCAGAAUGUGCCACAGCACGAUUCCUGCAUCCGACAUGGUUGAAAACAAGAACAGUGAAAACGAGGUGGAGCUCUUCUGCAGCAGAGGCUGCGUGACGGCGUUCAAGAUCCAGGCGGUCAGCACCUCGGGUGCCUCUCUGAAUUGUGACCACUGUGGUACGACUGCAGUACCAACUUGUCACCUCUCCAUGUCAGAUGCCUCCAUCAGAAAUUUCUGCACGCUGAAGUGUGCCAUGACCUUCAAGGAGAGCCAGAAUCAGUCCGGAUUCGCUGAUAAAACUCAAACCGAUCUCCUCAAACCGCCACCGAAGUUGCUUUGCGCCCAGUGUCAACGCAACAUAUUAACCACACCCAAAGUCAUCCAGAGACAGGAAAACAUUUAUUUUGCCUGCAGCGUGGCCUGUUUUCAAGAAUUUAAGAGGGUCAGCGGUGUCACAGCCACGUGUGAAUACUGCAGGAAUGAAAGAAUCAUCAAAGACGUCAAGAGAAUCAGCAGCAAAGACUGCUGCUUCUGCAGUGACGCCUGCAAGACACUCUUCUGUCAAGAGCUGGAAGGGAAGUGGGGUAAACACUGUCGCUCGUGUGCUUACUGCCUCUCGAUAUCCAAGACUCUGGUGACGGCACCGGGCGACGACGGCGACAUCGAGUUCUGCUCUGCAGCCUGCUGCUCGAAGCACAAGAUGCUCCUCAGCCAUGUGGCAAAAUGUGACGCCUGCAGCCACAAAGGGAAACUAAAGCAGAGGCUUCCAUUGCUGGGAGAGGUCAAAUACUUCUGUGGCAUGAAGUGUCUCCUGCACUUCUGCAGUAACAAGGUUCAGAUGCUCGAUGGAGUGUCUUCAGCUCCUGGAUCAGCAGCAGAGUCUGCUCCUGUUAUUGGGAACGUUAUCUCUCUGGCUGAUGCUUUGGCCCGGCAGCGCAGCACCUCAGCAGCUUCUCCACAGCUUGGCUCCAUCACUGACAUCCAAGCAAAGGUCAUUGGACAUGUCAGUGUACAGACCGUCCCGAAGGAGCUGAAGAACAAGUCGAUCACCUGCACUCCGCUGGUCCAUAACAAAGGGGUCUCCUGUACAGAGCAGAGUCUGAGAACAGAGCCACAGAAAGCAGACAGCUGUGAUCCCACAGUCGUGGUCCUGCCUGUCCCAGUGCCCGUUUACGUUCCUGUUCCCAUGAACAUGUACAGCCAGUACGCUCCACAGCCGCUGGGCCUGCCCUUACCGCUGCCUGUGCCCGUGGUCCUCCCACAUGGAUCUGAGCCGACAGUGAAAUCCAUAAAAGAGAGUUUGCAGCCUGAACAGCUGGAGGGAGAGCUCAACAUGAGGCCUGAGACCGAGCAGAGGGACACGGAGGAGAGAGAGGAUGGACAGGAGGAGGAACAAGGGACAGAAGAAGAAGAGAGAGCAGAACCUUCAUCCCCAAAGGACCACACCAGCAGCUGCAGCAACGACUCGCAUACAGACGAUCAGGCCGAGGACUUCUUUAACACCAGCGUCGGUCUGCUGAGUCAGCCACAAGACCACAAAACCUCGCCUCCAGUCUCAGGUGAGGACAUGCCCAGCAGUCCUCGUUCUGACCUCUCACCUCUUUCAGCUCUGGGGAUAAGAGAGACUCCCCAGAGGUCGCCCGUCCCUCCUCCUGAUCCUCCCUUGGACAAAGACAGGAACAAGCUGGAGCAGCUUUCAGAGAAAGCAGAGGAGACGACGCCUGAAACCACGAGGUCUGAGGUCACGUCUGCAAAGAAAAACACCCUGAAGAGUCAGUGUGGAGUCGAUGCCUGGAAGAGGUGGAUCAGAUGGAGAGGGUCACACACCAGCCUGGACUCUGUUUCCUCUCAUGCUGUGACACUGAAGGAAGACCUCCUUCGCUGCUCUGCGGCUGAACUGAGCGACUGCCUCUGUUGCUUCAUCAGGGAGGUGAAGCAAUCGGACGGAGAGCCGUACUCCCCCGACAGGCUGCUCUACCUCUGCCUCAGCAUUCAGCUGCAUCUGUUUCAGAACGGCCGGCUGGAGAACAUCUUCAGUGAUCUGAUCUAUCACAGGUUUUCCUCAGAGUUCACUAAGAUCCUCAAACAGUUCAAACCUGCAGCCACAGCUGGCGGUUGGACCCCCUCCUGUGUGGAGGAGGACUUUCUGUGGGACUGUAAACCUGGGGCGUACUCCCCCGUCGUCCUCCUCAACACGCUGCUCUUCUUCUUCUGCAAGUGCUUUGGCUUCACCACGGUGGAGCAGCACCGCCAGCUGUCCUUUGCACACGUCACACUCUGCAGCAGAACCAGCAAGAACAACAGCAAGACCACCUUCCUGCGCUUCCACCCGCCCAGUCCUGCAAACCAGGAAGAGUCCGACACGUACGGCGUCCUGGCAAAGAAACGCAAGAAAAAUGAGUCUGAAGAGGAUUUCCUAGAGAUGGUGGAGAACCUGGAGAACCCUCUCCGAUGUCCAGUCAGACUCUACGAGUUCUACCUUUCCAAGUGUCCGGGGUUGGUGAGGCAGCGCAGCGAUCUGUUCUACCUGCAGCCCGAUCGGAGCUGCGUUCCCAGCAGCCCUCUGUGGUUCCUGCCCACCCCCCUCAAUGACACCACCAUGGAAGCUGUGAUGAUGCGAAUCCUCGCUGUCCGAGAGCUGCAGGACGGUGCAGGAAACUAAUUUGAGGAAAGUUGUUGU